AUGAAGAAGCCUACCUUUCCAAGGAGGUUAUACACAAGAGGAGCUGAACCGGAAGCCCAAAAGAGCAUCUCCUACGGCAGCAACGACAAAAAGCUAUUUGCUGCCGUGAAAAAACUACUGAGUGAUGCCGAGUGGGAAACACUAUGCGACUCGCGAGUUGGUGUCUUCUGCAAGUUUCACGACCUCGACUUCGAGUGGUCUUCGAAGUUGGUCCACACGAUGCUCUCAUAUCAGUUAGAGUGCAAGAAGAAGUAUGAGAUCUGGGUUGCGGUUGCGGAUAGCCCAAUUAGAUUUUCCCUCCAUGAGUUUGAGCAUCUCACCGGCCUCAACUGCGACUAUGUGGAAGAUAUUGAUGACCCCAAGUGCAAGGUUACUCUAGAGAUGAGAGCAUUCUGGGAGAAGCUCGGAGUAGGUGUUGAGCUUGGUCCGAGUCAAGUGGAGAUCAUUCGUGCAUGCGAAUGGGCAACAGACUGGCCGAGUGAGGACAAACUUAGGCUUGGUUACUUGGCCAUCUACACUGGCUUCAUUGCUGCUCGGAAAAACACCUCGCACACUCCUGUCAACCUGGCCAGAUUAGUGAUGGAUGAAGAGGAGUUUGAGAAUUAUCCGUGGGGGCGUGUAGCUUUCAAGAACCUGAUCGAAGCCGUCAAAGAAGCAGAGCUAUGGAAGUCCGGGUAUGUCCUGGAUGGGUUUGUUGAGGCUCUACAAGUAUGGGCAUAUCGUUUCAUGCCUGAAUUCGGAGCGGGUUGUGGUGCGCCCAUACGAAACGCUCCUGACAUUCCGCUCUUGUCCUACAAAGGAGUCCAGGGUCUAAGGAAACAUUGA